ACAUUUUCCAUCCGCAAACGGCGAUGAUUGUUUUUAUUCUGCGCAUCGGUUUUCGGAAGUGCUUUGAUUUUUGCAUUGAAUAAUGGUUAUUUUGAACUGUUUUGCAACCAUUAUGAGUGUUCCGAGCAACUAGAAAAUCAAGUGAAGGUGUUAAUCAAAUUGCGGAAGCGACGCGAUCGUGAUUUUGCGCGAAAAAAAGCUGGAAAGAAAGAUGAGUGCUCCCUGCGAAGUUCUGCGUCAGUUUUUAUGCCUCUGUUCGAGCGAUGGAAUCUAUCGGUUGGAAGGCUACCUCGCUUCGAAUGCGAUCCUCGAAUGGAAGGGAGUAACGGUCAAGGGGAGAUCGCGGAUUGUGAAGUUUAUGCGACACAAACAACAGGACGGACUGGUGCAGAGGUUUUCCAAUGCCGAAGCGGUGUCGGCCUUCGAGGAGCGCGAUACGCAUCUAUCAACUAUAAGCACACCACCAGAAAACUUCAUAACACAACCUGCAGCUGAUCAUCCCUCCGAUCGUGCAAGCAACGAAUCCUACAAAGAAUCCGCCUCCCCGGACCCGAAUCUCAGUUUCGAGACACCUCCGCGGCUGCACUCGGCCAGCUCCGAGCCGCCUCCCUUGACCGCAGGGCACCAGUUCAUUCCGUUUUCCUCCAGCGACGAGGACGAUGACGAUGGACCACCUCAACUCACCCCGCAAAGUCCCGGGCCAUCAACCGAACCUCGUCAAAAUACCUACUCCGAGCUACAGUACCUGGAAGCGAUCGGUAUCGUACGGUCAUUCCACGAAUCGAAACAUCGUGGUACCCGCACCUCGCAUCACAUUCCCCGGGAAGACACUUCGCCAGAGGAACCAGCAACCCCUGGCACAAGCACCGACGGCGCCGAUUCCCCCGACAAGCGAACCAAGCUCAAGCUGUCCUAUCGGCUUCAUCGGCAAACUGCCGAUCCGCAGUUCGCCCUCAUCAUCUACGAAGACCUGACGCAUCGUUCGAGCAAAGUACGCCGAAACCUGUUCUGUGAUGAUCCCGACCCGGAACCCAUCUCUCCGAUCCGCUCGCAACCCUCCACCGAAGAUUCCCCGGAAGCACGUCCCCUUCCGGAUACCCCUCCGCCCUCGUUCUCGCCGCCCUCUCCCGGGCAAAACACACCUCCGCAGACCCCGCUCGAACCACCGGGAACUCCCCAUCGACGACGUCGAAUUCCACCGGCUGGAUUCCGAUCCUCGCCUCGAAGAUCGCGGGCGAUCAUGAACUUCACCAUCGCGACGGAUGGUGGUUCCAACAGUAGUAGCAGCAGCAGCAGCAGCAGCUCCGGUACCGGUACCAACACCAACAACAAUACCAACCUACAAACGUGGCCUCGCAAGACGCACCCCGGCGGAGGUAGCCCUGCUGGUGGUUCGGCAGCCAAGAACCGGAAGCUCGCCGCUGGACCGACGACCAUACGGAAACCACUGCGGUUUUAGGUCGGAACCGCUUCGAAAUUGUUCAAUUCUGAUGAGUAGUCAUUUCAGUAGCGAUCCCGUUCACGUUGAUAUAUUUUGUAAAUAUAAAGAUUUUAUGCGAUAGAAUUUUAAACCCAA